AUGGCUAUGGUAAUAAUAUUCACGCGACAGGUCAAUUUCUGCCAGCACUCGUCAAUUCCUGGGAAUCCCCCCCAACACUGGGGGGCUUCGAUCCCACGAUCUGAGAAUAUCUCCUUGACCCACAGCUCGGCAUCCCGAACCCGCAAUCUCAUUUCGCAUCCGCCACCCAGAUGUCUCUCCCUGGACCCCGGGUCGCUCCGCGACGACGACGCCAUCGAAUCCGAGAUCCUGCAAUUACAGGACCAGCUGCGCCGCGUACGGAAACAGCGGGAAUUAUUGGAGCUUCGCCAUGCUCUUGCUGAAGAACAACGUCUGUUGGAGGAUGUCAAAUACCGGUUAGCGGCGUCAGCCUCGCACACACCCACGACGGCGUAUCCACCCCCUCCAAUAGACUCGGUGCCUAUGAAUGAUGCUCAGCCUGUGCAUGGAAUCAAACGAUCCCAUUCUGCGGUAUCUUUGGACGACGUCGAAGAACAUGUGUCUCAGGUAUCCUCGCACGAUAGUGAAGACAAUGCGUCUGAUCCUGGGUGGGUUGCGAAUUGGCCCCAAGGCGACGAAAUUGAGCUGUCGGACGACGAAGACUACCCGUCCUCAACGACCACCAGCGUCGGGAAUGAGUCGGUUCGGUCCGAUGAUCUGAGCGUUGACAGUGAUGCAGAAUCCAACCCGUCGGUUUUCUCGUGGGAUUCAUCAUCGGAUAUUUUCCGACCGGAGCUUCCCUUUGACGGGUUUUUCACCAUCACGACGCGCGGGGCGUAUCGCGACUUCAAACGCAAAUUGGCCAACCACUUCUCUCAAUACAGCAAAAGGUUCAGCCUUGACAAAUGGAAAGUUCGCGAAGCGGAGGUCAACCUGUCUGGUGGACUAUUAGCCGAAUGGCGCAAAGCAAAGCGCGACGAGACAUGGUUGGAGUUGCACAACUUUCUACUCCAGAAGCAUUCUCGCCGCCGCGGCAAACGGAACGGAAAUAUCAAUGCCAUGUAUUGGGCUGCUAGACAACGCGAAGACCAGUCGGUGCACAACUACAACUCAUAUCUGCUUGACUUGGAGGUCGAGAUGCCACAGCUCCUUAAUGAGGACCAGCUUAUCAUGAAGCUCCUCGAUGGAGUACUUCCGGAAGUGCGCUUUGCAUGGGUUGGCCCUAGUGCCCCUCACUCAGUUGAAUCUGACUAUGUGGCUAUGGUCAAUUCGCUGGCAGCUGCGGAAAGGAGUCUUCCGAAAAGAGUAGAAAAGUUGGGGGACAAGAUACACCCCCCCAGCGGGUUCAAGAAACCUCGAACCUAG